AGUGAUUGAAAUAGGAGUGAGCAGGUAGCCGAAAGGUGGACAGGACUUGUGUGUUUGGAAGAGGGAAUCUCAUCGACUACUUCAUCAUCAAAAUCACCAUCUUAAGGAAAAGGACCAAGACUCAAGGAGAAGGAAGCACGUAGAUGCCUCAUGCGAAUUUGACGGUGAUACCAGACUGAUCCAUACAAGUUUUCCAGACUGAUGGUGGACUGUGAAGGGGUUUCAAUGGAUACUCAGGUGGAAAAGGAGAGAGGAGAUGAGGAGAAGGAAGGAGGGAAAAGUGCGUCUAUUCUCUCUCCACAGCUGAAAGCUAUGAUCCGAAUCAAGAAGAAAUACCUAAAGAAAUCUAAUUCAGUCAGGUUGGCUCAUAAUACUAACUCAGUCGUGUCUGAUGGGAGUUUGCACCCUAAGAGUCCCCAAACCAGGAAGUCCAAGCGCAGGAAGUCCCGCGUGCUGUUCCCAAAUGACACUUUGAUAUGCAAGCCAAAGAAAGAGUGCAGCAGAGCGAAUCCUUUCCUGCUGCUCUUUAGCUUGAUCGUCUUCAUCCAGGUCUACAAUGCUAUUGAGAAUCUGGACGACCACGUGUUGAAGUAUGAUCUUGAGGGUUUGGAAAGGUCACUGCACAGGGAGGUGUUUGGCCAGCCGGAGGCGCUAGAGGAGCUUAUGGACCAUCUGAACGAUUACCUUUCCACCUACGCCCACCAGAAACCCCUCGCCCUGUCUUUGCACGGGGCGUGUGGCGUCGGGAAGAGCCACCUGGGUCGCCUACUGGCACGCCACUUCCGCUCCGUGGUCGACGACAAACUAGUGGUGCAUUAUUUAUCCAAACACCACUGCCCCCUACAGGACGCAGCGCGGCACUGCGCCUCAAAACUUGCUCAGCGUAUAUCAGAGGUAGUGGCUCGAGCUGAGGAAGAGGAGCAGAUUCCCUUCUUCAUCCUGGACGACGUGGAACUGAUGCCUCCUCCGCUGCUGGACAUCCUGCAGAAGUUUCUUCAGACGAAUCAGACAAAUGAGUUUCUGAACGUGGUUUAUGUUUUCCUCAGCAGUCUGGGGCAAAGGGAGAUCACAGCUCAUGUUCUUCAAAACUCCUCUACUGCCGGAGCCCACAAACCACUCAGACAGGCCCUGUCUCUCAUCCAUCCUCUAUGGACAGAGCCCGCGGUCGAGCUCAUCCCUCUUUCCCUGCUGGAGCGGGAACACAUCAUACAAUGCUUUCUUGAGGAAAUGACCCUCGAAGGGUUUUACCCCGACCUCAGUAAUGUAGAGAGACUGGCGGAUGAACUGGCCUAUCACACAGCAGCUGGAAGACAGUACGCAAAAACUGGAUGCAAACAAGUAGUGGGAAAAGUGAAUCUGCUUUGAGAGAGCUUUUGAACAUGUGCACUGUUUUUCACUAUUCCUCUAUUUUCAAUCAUCCCAAAAUCACAUUUCAAUAACACAUACUAUACCGAAAGAAAUUCAUACUUUUAUUCAGCAAGGAUGCAUUAAACUGAUCAAAAGUGAUUAAAUUCUAUUUCAAGUAGAUGCUAUUCUUUUGGUUUUUCUAGUCAUCAAAGAAUCCUGAAAAUGUCACUUUUUGAUAGUAAUAAGAAAAGUUUUUUUGAGCAGCAAUGAUUACAAAAGGAUCAUGUGACACUGAAGACUGGAGUAAUAGACAAACUUUUAAUGUCUUGUGAGAUGGACGCAGAAAAACUUUUAAAAUUUUUAUCACCAGUACGUUUAAAGAAUCUAGAAUUGUAUGUAAAAAAAAGUAAAAUUUUGUCUAAGUACAAUUUUAUAAAAUGUCUGUUUUUAUUAUAUGACUGGAGUAAUGGUGCUGAAAAUUCAUCUUCGCAUCUCAGAAAUAAAUUACAUUACACAUUUUUUAAUUUGCAAUAAUAUUACACAGCAGUAAAAUGCAUGUUUAGGUUUUGUAGCAAUUAAAAAUUUAUGUCAAGUACUGUACACUUUUUGUGUGUCUUUGUAAAGGAUUUCUCAAAAAUAUUUCUGGAAUAUUUCUGGCUGAUUGGUUAAAUGAAAGUUGCGAUAACAUUAAGUUGCUAUAAAAAGAGAAAAGAUUUGUUGUUCAGAUUACAAAAAAAAUUUAACAUUAAUAAUGCAAUGCAAUAAUGCAGUUGAUGCUUUUGUACAAAAUCGUUCUUGUGAGCUUUUGGUCAUAUGUUACAGUUACAUUUCCUGUGGGCGGAGUUUGCUCUAUGUAAACAGUGCUUUAUGUCACAUUGAUUUCUGGUCAACUUGUGCAUGUUGUACAAGAGUUACAUGAUUUAGUAGCUAUAGCAGCUUUAUGUCGGCGUGACAAUAAAGAUGAAAGACUGGAUAUACCGUACCUUCACACAGACCAGGUCAUAAUACUUUAUUAUAUCAAGUCUUGUGCCAGUAUUUUUGAAUAUGUGUGGAUUUUAAUGUUUAUUUCUGAAUAUGGCAUUGUAAGUGUCUUGCAAUAUUUGUCAUUUGAGGGAUAAGGGACAAUUUUGUUGUUGUUGUUUAUGUUGUUGCUAAUCAACAGUAUGUCACAAAUAUUGCCAUUAACUUAUUAAACCCAGAACUUUUGUUAAAA